AUGGCUGAGUUCUGGCGGAGUGAAGCCGAUUUCAGCUCUUCAAGCAGCAUGGGCGGUAUUUCAGCGCCUGAAGUCCACGUGUCUGCUGCUGGAAGCAAAAGAUCUUCUUUUUCUCUCAAUCGUGGCCCUUAUGGUCGGAAUAAUGGAUCCUUAUCCUACAAGUCCAGAGCCAGCCCACCUGCUUCUCGUGAAAAGGACCCUUUGACAAGACUGGGCAAAAGCCAGCUGUGUCCUGCUAACGUCCACCAGAAUUACGGGGCUUCUUCAGCCAGCAGGAGCAAGCCAGGCUCAUGCAAAGGAAGCGACAGCAGCUCAGUGAUGAGGCAAGCAGGCUCCUUCAUGUCUUGUGGUGACAAUCACAGUGUGAAGCCAGAAAAUCCAGAGCAGUGCUUGACUCCUCUGCAGCAGAAGGAACUUACAGUGCGGCAUUCGAAAACAAAGCUGAAGGAAUCUGAGAGCAAACUUAAAGAAAGGGAAACAGAAAUAGAAGAACUCAAAGCUCAGCUGGGACGGAUGAAGGAAGACUGGGUUGAGGAAGAGUGUCAUCGUGUGGAGGCAGAGCUGGCCGCCUUGGAAGCAAGAAGGGAAGUUAAACAACUCAAGCAGGUUAUUGAAAGCAUGAAAAACAGCUUGGCUGAGAAAGACAAAAAAAUGCAGCAAUACUUCAUAGACAUUAGCAUUGAAAACAAGAAACUGGAAUCUUUGCUGCAGAGCAUGGAGAUGGCUCAGAGCAGCUCUGUGAGAGAUGAGCAGUGCCUGGAGUACAGGUGUGACUCAGAGGGGAAGCCGUUGGUGUUGUGUACCACAAUGCCAGACAGCCUCACCACAGAGGACCAAGCUCUGGAGGAGGUGGCUUCUUCCCGGGAGGAGGAGAAAGUCAGCCAUGUGAUGGUGGAGCAGGCCAUCCAGACUGACAUGGUGGCAUCUAGCCUAGAUGUGGAGCAGCUCAUUCAAAACAUCUUCAGAGCUCAAGAUGCCUGUCCUCUAAGCCCACCGUCUUCACUGAAGGAACUGGGUGAAUUUUCUCCUGGAAGGUUCAGUGACUCUGGUAUCAUAGUGGACUUAACUCCAAGUCAUCCAAACUCUGCCAUCCUUUUGUCACCUAUGGAGUCUCCAUGCAGGAAGGUGGAGCACGGAGUUAAGGAAAACCAUUUUAUGAAGGAACGUGAUUUUGCAGAACCUCAUGACGAUGAAGCCUUUGGGUAUGUCAAGACAGGAAUAAAGAAGAGAUAUGUAGCAGCCCCUGUUGUACCAACUAUCCUGUGGGCUUUCCGUACUCGGAGAGGAGGAACAGAUCCCAUUUACAGUAUUGGAGCAUUGCUUUGUGUUUGCGGCCUGGUGGCCCUGCACUCUUUGCACCAUACACCCUUCGAGAUGAAAACCUGA